AAAUACAUAAAACCCCUUGAACUUCCUGUCAGUCUCUGGCCCAACCUCUUCCUCCUUCCUCUCCUUUCUUUGUUGAUUCACACUCUCCCACAUGGCUUCCCAUGGACCUUGUGUUCAUGUCUCACUGAACCAGGUAGGAGCAGUUCCAAACCAUGCAGAUGAAAAAGGUCAUGGUGAAGAGGCUGGAAGUAACAAUUUUGAUUACUCUCAAAGGGGACAAUGGCUUCGAGCUGCAGUUUUGGGAGCCAACGACGGGCUGGUCUCGAUUGCUUCAUUGAUGAUGGGUGUAGGAGCUGUGAAGGAAGAUGUGAGAGCCAUGCUUCUUGCUGGUUUUGCAGGUACAGUUGCCGGAGCCUGCAGUAUGGCCAUAGGAGAGUUUGUGUCUGUGUACACUCAAUAUGACGUUGAGAUUAUGCAGAUGGAGAGAGAUCAGAAUGAUGUGAAAGAAAAGGGGUUGACAGAGAAGAAGAAGAAGAAAUUACCAAAUCCAUUUCAGGCUGCUUUGGCUUCUGCAUUCUCAUUCUUUGUGGGAGCACUGGUGCCUUUGCUUGCUGCUGCAUUCAUCACAAACUACAAAGUGAGGCUCAUGGUGAUUGUGUUGGUGUCAAGCUCGGCUCUUGUGGUGUUUGGAGGGUUGGGUUCUAUUCUGGGAAAGACUCCUGUGGUUAGGUCUUGUUUGAGGGUUCUGGUUGGAGGAUGGAUAGCCAUGGCUAUCACUUUUGGGUUAACCAAAUCAUUGGAUUCUGGGGGAGUGCAUUUAUGAGCAUGAACCUUGUACUGCUUUCUCUAUACUCUCUUUUCAUCCUCUCACAAAUAAUAUUUUAUAGUGUAACAGUGCAAUUUCUUUGAGAAUGUGAGUGAAUAAUACCCCCCCCCUCUUUCACUGAGAAA